UAUGACAUGGUGAUAACAUGUAAAGCUGCUCUAGGUUAUGUUUUGAUAUACAAAAACCAUUUUUGGAGAAUCAUAAUAUAUUAGAAAUGUUGAUACGUAUUGAUAAAUAGAUGACAAAACAGGAUUAUUGAAAGUAAAUAUAAAUAAACAAUACAAAAUGCAACAGAGAGAAGAGAAGCAACUGGAAUCUGCACUAGAAUCUAUUAUACAACGUGUAAAUGAUUUAAAACAAUCUAUAGCGGCAAUGAUAUUUAAAAUCGAAAAUGAGUAUGAAACAAUGGCUUGGCCAACACUUUUAGACAACUAUGCGUUAAUAUCUGGUCAGCUUACCUCCCUUUCAAAAGUUUUGAGUCAUGAUAAGUGUCCUCCUUUAAGAAAUUUGACGGUAUUGCCGUUAAUGUUAUCACCUGAACGAGAUGAGCAAUUAGCCCAAAUAACAGAACAUCGAGUUACCACUUUUGCUCAUGAUUUAGUUCCUGAUUAUUUAAGAACAAAAUUGGAACCUUUAGCUGAAACAAAAAUGUUGCAGCUGGAACACAAGGCACAGAAUUUACAGUAUGAUAAUGCACAGAAACAAAUAGCUGCUUAUCAGAAAGUGGUAUCUCAUGUUUGGGAUAUUGUUAGUAAAGCCCGUGAAGAAUGGGAGGUAGAAUCGUCCUCAAGAGGUAACACCCAACAAAAUUCAAGUGUUGCAGAUACACACCUAUUAGUCGCUGCCGUUGGCAUGGGUAAAGGCCUGAAGAUGGGUCCUAAUCCAAAUGGGCAGCCUAAUCCUACAUCUGGCGGAAUGAUGGUUGCGCCUCAAGGUAGGACAGGUGGCCCACCCGGACAGAAUCAGCUGCCCCCAAGUACCCAAGCUAUGUCCAUGAAUAAGGCACCUUCAGCAAUUAAAACCAAUAUCAAGAGUGCUGCUCAGAUGCUUCCUUAUGGCCGUUAAUUAUAGGCAUAAAUCUAUUAAUUAAAUUAUGAUAAUAAUUUUAAAGGAUAGUUUUCAUAUUUCUAAGUUAAGGACCAACAAUUCAGUUAUAGUGUUUAGAUAAUUGGUAUCAUUCAUAAUGAAAUAUAUUUAAACGUGGAUUUAUACUAAAUUAAAAUUAUCCGAUGGUUAGAAAUAUGUCGUCUAGUAAUAUAA